GAAUUUAAUGCAAUCAUUGCCUGAUCUCUACCCUAACAUUAAAAAAGAAGUAAAGUUAAAGAUUUCAUGUGAUAAAGACAGUUACGAUCCCAACGGUUGCACCGGACCCGCACUCUUCAACAUAGAGUUCAUCGAAGCGACACUAAAUCAACACUCUUUGAAAUCGAUUGAAAGAAACCGAAUCGACUUCGAGAACACAAUCGCACAGCUUAUCGAAACGCCUUCAAGUAAAGUGGUUUUGGCCUCACUUUUCAUCGAAAAGAGCAUUCCAAUAUUAUUGAAUUCCUAUGACUUCCAUAACGAAGACACUCAUAUAGAGAGAUCUCUUUUGGGUUCGAUAUUGUCGUGGAUUAAUGACACCAAUUAUAUGUAUCCGCCCUCUAAACGAAUGUUCACUAAUUUGCUCGACUCGUUGGGAUCGAUUGCAGAAAUACGUUGCGAUGAAACGAAUCAAUUUGUUUUGGAAACGGCUAUAAAUUAUCCGAAAAUAAUUGAAUACAUGGCUCCACGACUAUUGCCAUCAAAUACAUCGACUCAAUGUUUCCUCAAUAUGUAUCAACUAAUUGAACAAAAGUUAACUAAAACACCGCCUCAGGUGUCGUUUGUACUUCUCAGCAAAUUUGAUGUCUCACUUUGGUUCCGAAACGCAUCCCACGAACAGUGCUUAUCAUUAAUCCAAGUGUUGGGCAAUGCUCUCAAUAGCUUCGGGAAUAAACCGAAAGAUGAAUAUUUAAUGGUUUUUGGGUUAUACCGAAAGCAUUUACAAUAUGCCUUAAUAUUCCGGUUUCCGCAAUAUCUGCCCGACGUCUUCAAUAUUCUUCUCAAAAGAAUGAAAGAGCAGUCAAUAUCUCCGUGCCUUUGGAACGAUGUGUUGCUUUCGUUUGGUUUCUUUAUAACUCAAGAAGACGUGGAUUUGUCUCACUUUUAUCUGGAAUUAAAGAAAUACUCCAAUAAUCAGCCGUUGUUUACAGCGAAUGAGCUAUUUGACAUUUUGUCUUUAAUGUCAACACAUCUGUCAGAAGCCUAUCGCGAGAUUUCAGUCGAAUUUCUCGAUCAUUUCAAGAUUUAUAUUCAACAAUAUUUGACACUAAUUUCAACGCUUUCAUUCUGUUGGCUGAACGCCAACUCCCGAAUGCCUCCCUGUGAUAUUCUCAACGUUUGGCGUCCAUUCUAUGACAACUGGAAUGCCGUAAUCCAAGACCAGUACUCCAUUGAGCCAUUCAUCGCAUACGUAUUCACGCGAAUUGAUUGGAGACAUACACUUAAAAACCAAUCGUUAACAACAGAACAAAUGACUUUAAUAGUAGAGAACAUCUCAUACACAAUGGUUUCGCUCUCUUCGCAAAAAUGUUUAGCGGAAAUCGAUAUGCAAUCGAUACCUUUCGAGUUAUUGACGGCAACUAAAGUGCAAUCUAUCGGUCAAGUGAUCGUUCGUGUGAUCAAAUUGAAGUCAUACUUCUUCGAGUCUAAUAACACGAGUCAUAGUUUUCUGUUAGGUUUACUCAAACAGAUUUGUCUUCUCUCCGACACUGAUAUCAAUGAUGAGGACUGGCUUUUGAAGCACAAGUAUUACGCAAACUCUAUCUCAUAUUUGCUCAAAGACUUGAGUUCU